AUGAAAUUUGUAUAUAGUUUUUUAUUUUUAAUUUGUAUUUCAAUAAUUACUGUCAGGUCUCAAGAGGACCAUAAAUUUAACUAUUUUCAAGUUAAAAGUGAUUUAGACCCAGAGUAUUGUAGAACCCAUGAAGAGGGUGACUAUGCAUUAGUAGAGGCAAUGGUAAAUGUGAAGAUAACACUAAAAAGAAUUAUUCCUUUAAAUGCAUGGACCCAUCCAAUGAUUUUAUCAAAAUCAUUGGAUCUGAUUUCAGUGUAUUAUGUAGUACCCAAUAAAAACAUAACUACACCAACACCAUCAGAAACACCCACAAUAACAGAAACACCAUCUAAUACACCAUCGGUAACACCUAAUGAAACUACCACACCAAAACCAACAAUAUCAAACACACCAACACAAUCAUUAUCACCAUCUCCUACACCAAAGCCAACAGAAACCACAUCUAACAAUCCAACCGAAUCACCAGCCGGUAAUGGUUCACUUAAACUUUCAAUUUCUUUAUCAUCUCUAUUAGUAUUUUUAAUAAUUUCAAUUUUAUUAUAA